UGGGUCCUCACGCCAUGGUAAUGAAGGAGAAAAUGAAAAUAAUUAUUUCACCCCCUCCCUUUCAGCUAGAGCGACAUCUUGUUUCGGUACAGGCAGCAGCUAGUAUCCAAUGAUAAAAGGAGCGGGUCUGAUUUUGCUGUAGCCUAGAGAAACCAUGUCUUGAAGGACCACGACAAGGGCUACAUCAGUGAAACAUGUAUAUUUGUAGGAAUGCUCAUGAAAUAUGGUCUUAGUUCAAAUGGGAUCGCUAUUGCCAUGAGGACCAGCUCCCCCUUGUGGCAGUAGCCAUGGUGUACGCCCAGUCGACUGAAAGUGCCAUGCCCUCUUUCAGCUCCCCCACCUUCAGUACCCCAAUGUCCUUCAACUACUCUGACAGGGAGAACUCCACCUUUCUCACUAACUCAGCCACACCUCUCCUUUGCAACCGGGAAGGCGUAUCAGCUGAGUCCAACAGCACCCUGGUUUCCUACGAGUUGACCUCCGCUGAGGUGGCCAUCUUGGGGCUGGUGUUUGGGGUUCUCUGGCUGGUCUCCAUCCUCGGCAACGCCCUGGUCUGCCUGGUCAUCCACCGCAGCCGGAGGACUCAAUCCACCACCAACUACUUUGUGGUGUCCAUGGCUUGUGCGGACCUCCUGCUGAGCCUGGGCUGUGCCCCGUUUGUCCUCCUCCAGGUCACCUCCGGUGGGUGGCCGCUGAGCGCCGCCGCCUGCAAGGCUGUGAGAUACCUCCAGCACCUGUGUCCGGGGGUGCAGGUGUACGUCCUGCUCUCCAUCUGCGUGGAUCGCUUCUACACCAUCGUCUACCCGCUCAGCUUCAAGGUCUCCAGGGAGAAGGCCAAGAGGAUGAUCCUGGCCUCCUGGAUCUUCGACGUCACCUUCAUCUCGCCUUGCCUCUUCUUCUACGGUUCCACGAUGGCGGACGGCAGCGGCGGCCACUGCGACUUCUUCCUGCCCAACAGCUGGGACGGGAUCGCGUACGCAGCCGCGCACCUGCUCUUUGGCUUCCUGGUCCCAGCGAUGCUCAUCGUGUCGUUCUACCAGCGCGUGAUUCGCUACAUCUGGAGGAUCAGCGCCGAUGGGCACACGGUGAGGAGGACGAUGAACAUCGUCCCAAGGACCAAAGUCAAGACAAUCAAGAUGUUCCUCAUGCUCAACUGUGUCUUCCUGCUGACCUGGACACCGUUUUAUGUAGCCCAGCUGUGGCACCCCCGAGAAGCCGACAGCCCCAGCAGACAGGGGGCGCUGUUCUUUACAGCCAUUGCCUUGAUUUCCUUCAGCUCCACGGCCUCCAAACCAACCCUGUACUCUGUUUAUAACGCAAACUUCAGACGCGGCAUGAGGGAGACCUUCUGCAUGUCGUCAAUGAAGUGUUACCGCAGUAACGCUUACACAAUCACUGCUAGCUCACGGAUAGCCAAAAAGAACUAUGUUGGGGUGGUGGACAUCCCAGUACCGGCUAAGACAAUCACCAAAGACUCGGUUUAUGACACCUUUGACCGCGAGGCAAAAGAGAAGAAACUUGCCUGGCCAAUCAGUGCCAAUCCACCUAAUACUUUUGUGUGAGGUAUCCAUCUUUUGAAACUGUGAACAUUUCAAACGGUACAAUAGCACAACUAAGUUCAAUGUAUUGGGUGCUAAUGAAAUUCCAGCUGCAUAUCUGUUGCUAACUGUGAGUUAGCUACACCAGUGGACAGACAUACAGCAUGUUCAGACCAUUAUGUUGAGAUACCAGCUGAAUAUUUCUUGCGAUGGCAUUUGUCUGAUCAUACAAUAUUAGAUGUAAACAUAUUUUCUCAGGUAGAGCAGUCUACACGGUCCAAACGCAUUUCCCAUAUGUUCCAUCUCUUUGUGGUGUAAUGACUUGGAUGAAAUUAAUUUGGAAGCUUUGUGUAAUAAUCUCAGUUCCUACACGUUGUAAAUCUUCAUAAUUGGCCUUCUGCUCUGUUGAACUAUGUUAUUCAGGGGAAGACGAAUUUAAAACCCUACAGGUUUGGACCAUAACGCUUUUAACCUGAAGACUCUUUGUCUACGCUGGCUUAGGUUGUAAUGAUUGUGUGCCAGUUUGUCAUUUUUCACUGUUGUCAUUCUAUCCAGUAGCUGCUUCUGUUUAGCUGACCGUCAUUGUGAACUGUUUCUCUUGUUUGUGUCUCAUCUCUGUCUACUGUUAAGUACUGUGACUUAAUGACCCAUGCUUACACUGAGAUGUAAAAUAAUAAAACAUUAUGUAUGUGCAUCAAAUUUGACACUGCUAGUGUUUAUAGUUUUGAAUGGAGACAUGAAAAUGCUCUGGUAAA